AUGGCGGGUGCCUUGCAGGGGACGGUGGCCUCGGAGCAGCAGAGGCUGCGGGACACCUUCGAGAAGCUGCGGCAGUUCCUGCGGGAGCAGGAGGACGUCCUGCUGGCCCAGCUCAGCCGGGCGCACGGGGACCUCACCAAGGAGCGCCGCGAAUACGUCGCCAGCAUUUCGGAGAGGAAAUCCCUGCUGGACACGCUGAUUGCCAAGAUAGAGAAGAAACGUGACCAGCCGGUGGUGGAAUUCCUUAUGGAUGUUGGGAAAACCCUGAGCAGCUGCGAGGCGGCAAAGGCACCGAUCCCGGAGCCAGUUUCCCCGGAGCUGCAGAGGACCGUUAGGAGCCUGUCUGAGACCAGCCAGCUGGUCGUGGAUGCGGUGGCCAAAUUCAAAGUGAACCUGCUGAGCGAGAUGGACAGAGAAAGGGUGAAGGUGACGCUGGACCCAGAGACGAUGAGCCCGUACCUGAUCCUCUCGAAGGACCACAAGACUGUGCGGCUGGGAGAUGGACAGCAAAACCUCCCCGACAACCCCAAGAGAUUCACGGGCAGCCCCAGCGUCCUGGGCUCCCAGGGCUUCACAGCUGGGAGGCAUUACUGGGAGCUGGAGGUAGGGGAUGGGGGCAGCUGGGCCGUGGGGGUGGCUGUGGAGUCCGUGCGGAGGAAGGACUCGCUCAGCAUGGCCAUGGGGAAGAUCUGGGCCCUGCGGCUGGACUGGGAUCGCCAGUACCGGGCGCUCCACAUGGCCCCCGCCCCGUUGACACUGAAGGAAGAGCCCCAGCGGAUCAGGGUCCACCUGGACUAUGAAGCGGGCCAAGUGACCUUCUACAAUGCAGAUAACAUGAUGCAGAUCUUGCAGUUCAAAGCCUCCUUCACUGAGAAGGUCUUCCCAUACUUUUGGCUCUGGUCACAGGAAACCUACAUCCAGCUGUGUGCCUGA